AUGACGUCCCCAAAGCGACAUCACUUGCACCUAAUGAAGAGACCCAAAUAUGAAGAUGCCCAAGGCUCUGAAUCUUCACUAGUAGAAGAUCAGGACACUAAGCCAGUUAGGUCGAGAGCUAGGAGGGGAGGGCUCUCCCUAUUACCCACCAUGAGCUUGGAUGUUCUUUUCGAAAUUUUCGGGUUUUUGAAACCGCUUGACCUCCUCAGUCUAGCUCGCACGUCUAAGGCAUUUAGGAAUUUGCUUAUGCGAAAAUCGAACGCUUUCAUUUGGAGAGCCUCGCGGUCACUUGUUCCGAACCUCCCCGAAUGUCCACUAGAUCUGAGGUUCACGGAGAUGAUCCAAACAUCGCAGUACGAGGCUCUCAGUCUUCGGCUCAACGGUUUAGACUGUGCCGAGCAAACACUGGUCAUCGAAGAAACAAAGAAGGCCGUGCGUGCUAUUCGCGAGCACGCUGAUGCUUGCAAAGCAUGGCUCUCUGGAGUCAACAGGGCCCGAUCUGAUGAGUUACAUCAAAUACGAGAGUCGCGAAAACGAGUCAUCAAGGAGUGGUUGGAAACAGAAGGGUGGAAACCUGAGAUUGAUUAUCAUACUUGGUGGAAAAUAUCCAAACAUCGUGCCAUCAAAGAUUCACGGCCUCUUACUACUCGAAUUUGGAGCCGCAUCCGCCCAAUUCUAACGGAAUAUAUGUCAGAAAUGCGAACCAUUCGCAUGGAAGAAACGCUCUAUAAUUCCCGACGGAGGAUUCUCCUCCAGGCAUGGAUCGAUUUCUUGAGUGAACCUGCAUCAUUUCCGAACACUGACGUCGACGUAUUACCUCAUGUCGCUGACGUUGCGCGGUUCAAACCUUUCGACGACAUCAUCAGAUCACCCGCCCAUGUCGUAGUAGAGCGUGAUACCUUUUUACCGGCUUUUGUUGCUCUUCCUAACCUGGUGAGGAACUGGCGGAGACAGGUUGAUCAACAGCUCGCUGCAAUCAUCACGAAUGGGUACCCAAAGGAAUACGUGCCAGCUGGAGAUAUCCACCAACUUGCAACCAGUGUCUUUGUCUGCAACUCAUGUGAACAGUUCUUCUUCUGGAUUGAUGCUGUUGCGCACAACUGCAACCUUGAUUUUUCAAAGGGCUCAAGCAAGGAAAAGAAUGAUUCUUUUAAGGAACAAGUGACCCGCAUCGCAUAUUAUUCGCUCGGCUCUUCUCCGUGGUCUCCGAAAUUCAGGUCCUCCACAGUACUCGCCAUUCAUGUCAUUCGCAGUUGCUAUCAGGAUCCUCGGACCGCUACGCUUGCACAUAUGGACAACACAAGCGGCCCAUUUUACUGCUUCGCAUGUCAUCCUGAUGGCAAGACUAUCAUGCAUUGGAGGAAGGGCCUCGAACACAACCAUUUACACAACAAUCGAGAUCAAGUUUUUGAAGGUAGCAAGUCACGACUGCAAUCGCAGCUCCUAUCUGUGAGGCCGCCAAGAACAUAUCGAUGCCUUCUAUGUCGACGAAGUGUAGGUGCUGGUAGGCUUCUACGAAACAUGACUUGCCACAUCGAGGAACAGCAUGGCAUUUUUAGUGUUCGAGAAGGAACCCAUUAUGUGAAAGAGAUAGAUUCUAUCCCAGAUCCUAUCACACUGUCGUGGGACAGCGGACCUAUCUGGUCAGAGCAAAAUCCAUACUUGUGA